AUGGCGCUGUCAAAGGCCGCUUACGACCUUGUCAGGUGGGCUGUUCCGGACUUUCACGACAAGACGCCGUACGACAGCUCCAAUGUGUGGACGCUCGCUGCGCCGAUUCUGAUCAUUGGGAUCCAGAUCCACCUGCUUCUGCGGUACAACCCGAGCACCACGCUUCCUCUGAGAGCCUCGCUCAUCCCCGUCGCCACGAUCUUUGCCCUCAAAGGUGCAUAUGCCCAUUACUACACGGAUACCGGUGCAGAUCAGCUGAACGGUCGAGGUCAGCACGUCAACAUUGCCAUCGGAUGCGGCGCCAUGUGCAUGAUCAUCUGGACCUUUCGAUGGGGCCUAGUCGGCCAACGUCCCAGACUCAAGGUUGCUCAGAAGCCAGCGGAAAGCAACGCAAAGAGCGCCGAUAUGCCCGACCGCAAGACCUCGGCAGUCGAGGAGCUUCCUCUCUACUUUCCAGGUACGCGUUGGCCUCUUGAGCUGGACCUUCUCUUCGGAAUCAGGGGCAUUGGUUGGGAGCAUGGCAUCAAGGACGGUGUGCCAGCUUUUCCUGUGCCGUUCUUCACUCUCCGACAGCGCUGGCGAUGGGUCUUGCGCACACUCGCACCGGUGCCUCUUUACUAUCUGGUGUACGAUGCCAUCUUCACUCUCAUUGGAGACGAUCGCUUCAACGUCCACGCUGGCUCGGCCACGGGCGGCAGCAUCUGGGCUUGUCGUCAAGGCUUCUUCGGUGCCGCCGGUCCGUAUCUGAUGUGUGCUGCAUACGGCAUCACAUUCACUUGUUCCAUGUACCUGCAGCAUGCCGCCGUUGCUUCCAUCGCGGUCGGUUUAUUCGGUGACCCGCCUUUGCGAUGGGAUCCUCCUGCAUUUAGGCAGCCUUGGCUGUCUACGUCGGUGCAUCAAUUCUGGAGCAAGCGAUGGCAUCAGUAUCUCCGCUUCUCGUUUCUCGCCGCCGGCUUUUGGCCGGUCCAGCCCCUUGUGCAAGGCAUGCUGGGAAGGCGCGCAGCUUACGCAGUUGGCACGUUUGGCGCCUUUCUCGCCUCGGCCGCUGUCCAUCACUUUGGCAGCGCUGCUGUGACACCAGGACACAACCUGAGAAACCUUGAGGUUGCCAUGUUCUUCAUCAUACAGCCUCUGGCGAUCUUUGGCGAGCAAUUGUGGCAGCACUGCACCGGAUACCGCGUCCGUGGUUUCUUCGGAUGGCUCUGGACCAUGACCUGGAUGCUUGCGACCGCCCCUCUUCUCUUCGAUACUCUCACUCGGGCUGGCAUGCUGUCUGCACAGAGCAUCUCGUUCGGUCUAACCCAGCACUAUCUACCGCGGGCGCUCGACUGGUGGGACGACUUCAACGCGACCAAGUAG